AUGGCCAAACGCCCUCGGUACAUAAUUGAUACAGAGCAGCACCCUGAAACAUCUCCACGCGGAACUAGGACAGCGGGGGACCGCGGUCGCCGGGAAGGUCAAGCCUGUGGUCUCAGACAUACAAUCCCCCGAGCCCGGAGGCCCCGAGCUGACCCCGCGCAGCCAGGCUGGCAGAGCUCUGGCCGCGGAGCCCGAGUCCGGGCAGCCUCACCUGCAGGUGAACUUGAGGGCGAAGAGCAGGGCGCAGCCGAGAGCCACGGCUCCGCACAGCAGCUCCGGCCGCUGGCGCGCCAUAAGCGAGGCGUCGCGCAACCCGCGGCGGAUCCGGCCCUCCAAGGACGCCGCCGCCCCGGCCGGGCUGAGGGAGCCGGAGCCCUUGGGGCCGCCACCCUCGUCCUCGGCGUCCUCGCUGUUGUUUCCGCCGCCGCCGCCGCGGCCUCCGCAUUCCGACAUUACAUGCUCCCUGUGGCCGGCUUUAUACCGCCGCUGUCGCCACCUCGGGCCCGGGGACCCGGCCCCGCACGUCGCUCCCGGACCUCGCAGCCAGCAGCGCCCGCUAACCCGGACUCUCCACGUCAGCCGAGACGCCCCGCCCACCGACCGAGCCUGCGCGAAUGCCCGCUUUCCGCGAAGCCCCGCCCUUUGGGACCACGCCCCGAGUCUACGGAGUCUGCGCGGGUGCUCGUAGCACUCGCGGCCGCGUCAUCCUUUCACAGGUCUCGCCUCUCUUGUACAGACUCUGCCUGCCCUUCAUUCGGGGACUGCGCAGACGCUACAUCCCGGAAGCUAGCUGGUGACGUCUCCUAGCGAGUCCUUCCGUUGGUCGGCCUUUCCGGAAAGGGGGGCAGAGGAGCCUCUUGCAGAGACGAGAAGGACCGGAGGACACAGUAAGGAAACGGAGACCGGCCUGCUCUGUAAUGGGGUAGUAAUAACGCUGCAUACCUUCUGCUUCAGUUUCUGCUUUCAGGAUCCUACUUUGACUUCCUUCAAUGAUGGAUUAUGAUGGUAAAGUGUAAUCAAAAUAAACCCUUCCUUCCCCAA